AUGGAGGAGGCAGGCUUCACCAAGUUUAUCAGCGGCGACAUUGUGUACGCUCGUGCGCGCCGCCUCCACCGCGCGACGACCGGCCGUACGACCAAGCGCUUUGUGAGCAACUGGGCACUCGAAGACUACCUCGCGACCAUGCGCCGGACGCCGCCACCGGUCGUCGCGCCGUUCAUCAAAGACACUGCCCGCGACCUUCUGGCGCGGCUUGAGAACCACAAAGUCUACUUGCCCGAUGACCGCGAUCUCGACGACCUCAAGACGCUGGGUCUUCCACGCGUGUUGUCCCUCGAAGCGUUGCCACAGCAUCAAAUCGAGCAAAUUCUGGCCCGCGACGGUUUGCGCAGCCCGAGCGCGCACAAGGUGGCAGUGCGAUUGAGCAAGAAGCUGCGACAAUUGCAGUGCGAGCGCGAGGCCAUGCGCAUUGUCGGCCUUCCAGGGAUGCUACUGCACCGCGUCACGACCCGGGUCCGAUGCACACUGCAAGAGCUGGCGGCGAACAGGGAUUCAACAGACUAUGCAGCGGAAGCCGCCGCCGCAGCCAAGCAGUUUUGCCGACGCAUCCACAAGUCUGAGACCCACGGCGACUGCAGCUUUGGCAAUAGUUGUCGGCUGGAUCGUCGACGAACGCAUGACUGGGGUUGUGGCAAGCGCCCUCUCAAGACCAACUGGUGCAGUGACUAUGAAGACGACAUCGCGGCGAACGCAGAUGCCCUCGACGACAUGUGGGAUGCCAACAACAACUACAACGACGAGGAGGAAUGCAACCUUGAAACGAACGGCAGCGACGACGAAUACGACCUCUGUGCCGACGUGGUCGCAACACCGACGCCCAUGCCUCAGGCUAUGUGUGCGAUUAGCUAACUAAGUUCUCUACCUUAUUUACAGUCA